UCUGAGCUUUAGUGAAUGAUUUCCCCCGGGGCGGUGCUGGACCUCUCUGCCACCCACCUGAGUCCACGGUCGCACCGCCCAAGCGGGCAAGCCUGCCAGCGCUGCCCCGGCACCGCGGACCAUGGCCACGGAUUCUUGGGCCCUAGCAGUAGACGAACAGGAAGCCGCAGCGGAGUCAUUGAGCAACUUGCAUCUUAAGGAGGAGAAAAUCAAACCAGAUGCCAAUGGUGCUGUUGUUAAGACCAAUGCAAACACAGAGAAGACAGAGGAAGAUGAGAAAGAGGACAGAGCUGCUCAGUCUUUACUCAACAAGCUGAUCAGAAGCAAUCUUGUGGAUAACACCAACCAAGUGGAAGUCCUGCAGAGGGACCCAAGCUCCCCGCUCUACUCAGUGAAGUCCUUUGAAGAGCUUCGCCUGAAACCCCAGCUUCUCCAGGGAGUCUAUGCUAUGGGUUUCAACCGCCCUUCCAAAAUACAGGAAAAUGCAUUGCCUUUGAUGCUUGCUGAACCCCCACAGAACUUAAUUGCCCAGUCUCAGUCUGGUACAGGUAAAACAGCUGCCUUUGUUUUGGCUGUGCUCAGCCAAGUAGAGCCUGCAAACAAGUUUGCCCAGUGUCUCUGCCUCUCUCCAACCUAUGAGCUUGCUCUUCAAACAGGAAAAGUGAUUGAGCAGAUGGGCAAGUUUUACCCUGAACUGAAGCUAGCUUAUGCUGUUCGAGGCAACAAAUUGGAGAGAGGUCAGAAGGUGAGUGAGCAGAUUGUCAUUGGCACCCCCGGGACCGUCCUGGACUGGUGCUCCAAGCUGAAGUUCAUUGACCCCAAGAAGAUCAAGGUGUUUGUUCUGGACGAGGCUGAUGUGAUGAUAGCGACUCAGGGCCACCAAGACCAGAGCAUCCGCAUCCAGAGGAUGCUGCCCAGAAACUGCCAGAUGCUGCUUUUCUCGGCCACCUUUGAAGACUCGGUGUGGAAGUUUGCCCAGAAGGUGGUCCCAGACCCCAACAUCAUCAAGCUGAAGCGCGAGGAGGAGACUCUGGACACCAUCAAACAGUACUACGUGCUCUGCAGUAACAGAGAGGAGAAGUUCCAGGCCCUGUGCAACCUGUAUGGGGCCAUCACCAUCGCCCAAGCCAUGAUCUUCUGCCAUACCCGCAAAACAGCUAGCUGGCUGGCAGCAGAGCUCUCAAAAGAGGGCCACCAGGUGGCCCUGCUGAGUGGAGAGAUGAUGGUGGAGCAGAGGGCUGCCGUGAUCGAACGCUUCCGAGAAGGCAAAGAGAAGGUUCUGGUGACCACCAACGUGUGUGCCCGUGGUAUCGAUGUUGAACAGGUGUCUGUGGUCAUCAAUUUUGACCUCCCUGUGGACAAGGAUGGGAACCCAGACAAUGAGACCUACUUGCACCGCAUUGGGCGCACUGGCCGCUUUGGCAAGAGGGGUCUGGCAGUGAACAUGGUGGACAGCAAGCACAGCAUGAAUAUCCUCAACAGGAUCCAGGAGCAUUUUAAUAAGAAGAUAGAAAGAUUGGACACAGAUGAUUUGGAUGAGAUUGAGAAAAUAGCCAACUGAGGCGCUUCUCCAUGGGCUGGCGCCACCCUCAGCGCUCCCUGCCUGGGAGUCUAGUGCUUUCAUGGCAUAGGCCUUGACAGGCCCCUCAGAGACCACGGGCUGAGUAGAGACUACCUACCUCAUUCGGAAUUACGUUUGGACUUGACAGAAAUUUGUGCAAAUGAUGAGGGAUGGUAGAAAUUUGUUUACACAACUUUGGAAGAUUAGGCAUGAAUACACAGAAAUUUACCUUUUCAAGUCCCAUCUUUUUUUUUUUUUGACAGUAUUUUCCCAUCACACUGAUCUAGAUAAUAUGCCUAGGAUCCCUCAUGACAAACCUUAGCUGUUUGUGACUUGGAGUUUGCAGGCCAGCCUUGUGGAAGUGACAGCACAGAACAGAGAGCACGUAGAGGCAGAGUUCUCAGGGAGGAGAAGGAUAUAAGCCAGUCUUGUGUCAGGAGGAUGGCAUGAGGUACUGGAGUUGGCCUGUGGACUGCUGGUUAGGACUUGGUUGGUGUGUAAUGGCUAAGCUGGGUGUUACCAGACCCCUGCUGACAUUCUUUCCAGGAAAAGAUUUGCCAUGUUGGACCAAAAUGCCUUUGGGGCCUCUCCUUAAGCUUUGUGGCUCAGGAACAUGGGCAAAUCUAGUUAUUGGUGAGUUCUUGGCUCAUACUUCAGCAAGACCUGUGGAGAAGUUGUCCUGGAGGAUUAGUGGUGCCUCUGGCUUACGGUAACACCUGGAUUAUGGGUACUUGAGCCGUAGUUUUUACAUCUGUAACAUCACUUGGAUGUUAGUAGUCCCCGGCAAAGAGCAGGGUACCGAGGUUUGGGAUCUGACUGAGUACUGUAGCUUAAAGUCUCUGAUGCGCAGGCAGCCUUGAUCAGAGCAGGCUAGGCAUGGUCAGCAGUUGCCAAAAAUCCCUGCUUUGUUUGCAGUUCCUGAAAGAUUAGUCCUGUCAGAGCUGGGGAGUGACUGCAGACACUGGGCAACAUGGCUCUAAAGGGAUUCUGAUGGUCUGUGUUCACAGUGAGUGUGAUGUGGGACAGGACGGACCACAGCCGUUUGUCUGUCCACAAUGAGUAAUCCACAAGUACUUGCUGCUUUCUCCCUUAGUAUGCAUCAUUAGAACAGUAAAAGCACACAAUAAAAAGAGAAUUUCUCACACUGGCUAGGCCAUAGAUACUACAGAGUGACAGCAACUUGGAAGGAUUGAGAAGCAUCCUCUUCAGUUCUUUGACUUGGACAUGGGGUGAUUCUUCUCUCUAGGGCUUGUUUUGUUAGUUUUGUUGCAUGUUUGUGUUGUGCUGGGACUCACACCCGGAGCCUUGCGUUCUGCUGCCUAAGCACAUUACUCUGAACUAUUAUUUCCAGCCAUGAUGGAGGAAUGUUGUGGUGAGAAGUAUAGACCUGUGUUCCCAUAUCUUAAGGCCAGCUCCGUUCCCUGGGAAAGGAGAGUGCCAUGGCUACCACGUGGUGGUGGUUCAAUGCCACAGAGAAACCAACAGGUGCCUGUUCUCCACUCUCCAGUGGGUAUUUGAAUAGAAUUCUCUGUGGGCUCCUGGCCAACUUUGAUCUAUUUUAGGAGUCUUAAAAGGAAAGAAUAAACUUUUUCUCCCAAAA